AAUAAACAAACCAGAAUAUUUAGAAUGUCAAUCGUGUCAAAUCACAAUGUAGUGAAGAUGUCCCCAAGAGUGGAGGAUCUUGCCAAACUGUUCAAGGGGAAGCCUGGCAUGAUCCAGCUCCAGCCCAAGGGCUGGGCACUUCCCCUUGCUUUCGAGCGCUACUCCAAAGACAUCAAAGAAUUUCCUUUCUACGAGGAUGAUACCAUCUUGAUGACGAUGCCCAAAAGCGGCACCACCUGGAUCCAGGAAAUCUUAUGGACCAUGAAAAAUAAUGCUAAACUCGACCACCCCAUGGCAAGCGUUCCGCUCAACCGCCGAUCUCCCUUUCUAGAAGUGGACAUUCUGGUUGAGCAGAUACAGCACAGAGGCACGAUUGCAGAGAUGUUCUCGCAGCAGUACCCCGACUUCGACCAAUCCUACGGAAUGGGCCUGCACGUGGCGCGUAAAGCCCCUCGACCUCGCGUCAUCAAGACCCACUUGUCCUUCUCUCUCAUCUCCGACUCAGCUCUCUCCAAUACCAAAGUUCUGAUCGAUAAGAUGAGGAAGUCGAAUCAUACAAAGACAUUAUUUUUAAUGUUUCUCCAGAUUGUGUACGUGAUACGCGACCCCAGGGACGUGUGUAUCUCCUACCAUCAUCAUUGCAGAAUUUUCAAGUACGAAGAUUUCCAGGGCACCUUUGACCAGUUCGUUGACGCUUUCAUUGAAGGAGCAGUGACCUACGCCCCCUACUGGGCACACGUGAAAGCCGCUUGGGAGCGGCGCAACCACCCCAACCUGCACAUUCUGUUCUACGAGAAGAUGAAGAAAAACACAAAAGAAGAGUUUAUGAAACUCAGCAAGUUUCUCGGUCUUGAUAUUUCUGAUGCCCAAAUGGAUAAGAUCAUCGAGUACACGAGUUUCUCAGAGAUGAAGAAGCGGGACAUCCACGUGAUCUCUCCACGCGACGCCCACGUGAUGCUUAACCUCGUGCGCGCGAAUGAAGAAGGAGGCUUCUUCCGACAAGGGACAUCUGGUAGCUGGAAAUCCACGCUCAAUGAAGAUCAAAAAGAAAAAUUCAAUGUUUGGAUCGAAAAGAACUGCUUCGACAAGGUUAUCAUGGAGAACAUAACGAAUUUAUGAAAUAUCAACAUAUUUGGCUCAAUCAUCGAUAGUCAGUAUGUUUUUUUAGGAUUUAUGCGAUUGACUGACAUUUCUGAUCAAUUUUGAACGAUUCGUGUAAUGUAGAGAUGUAAUGUAAUGUUAAUGGCAUCGUUGAUGGGAGAAACUAUUACUUUUGUAGUAACAUACAUUUGUCACAAUCUGUAUUGGUGAACCUAGGUCCCGAUUAUUUAUUAAACAUUAGACGUGGUUUAAUAAGUUCUUGCCAUUAACCACAAUCUUGAAUGUUGGAUGAAAAUCUAAAUGGUCUAAGUUGUCUGAACGGUCCCUCCUAUUCUAUUAUGUACAUAUUUGAGUGCGAAUCAUUUGUCAACCGUCCAUCAAAUUGUGAUUCGAGCUAUUAAGUUCGAUUUAUUAAUUAAUUUCUCUAACAAUUGCGCUAAUCGAAAAAAUUAUUUCAAGAUUCCACGCGUGAGCGGCAGAAUAGUUUCAUAAAAUACCUUCGCAUUUGUUUAUAAAACGCACUAAAGCCUUAUAUCCAAAAGGGAUAAUAAAACACUCAGAAACUAAUUUCCAUUUUUAAAACGUGUACAGCACGUGUAACAUUCAUGCAAGUACCGCCGUUAUUCUUAGUUCAAAGUACAUUAUCAGUCGGAACGAUCAGACGAGGCUUUUUCACAACAGGAAAAAUUUGGAAAGAAGUGAUGUAGUGUACCAAAUACAUUUUAUUUUAUU